AUGUCUCCUUAUGGAGCAGAAGCUGCGGACCUUGCCCAGGCUGGUGGCUCAUUGUUAAUCAAUAUGGGAACCGUUAAUUCGGACAGUCUUGGCAACUAUGUCCAAGCGAUACAGGCGUAUAACCAGCUUGGAAGUCCUGUUGUCUUUGACCCGGUGGGAGCAGCUGCCAGUCAGGUUCGCCGAAACAUGGUCAAAGAUCUCCUAGCAGAAGGUUAUUUUACUCUCAUCAAAGGCAAUGAGAGCGAGAUUAAAGGUAUUCUUGGGCGCGCCCCUACUAAACAGAUUGGAGUUGAUAGCGGACCAAGCACUCUUAAUCUCAUUGAAAAGGCUACUGUUGUGCAGGAGCUUGCGAUAAGAGAAAAAAAUAUCGUCCUUAUGACGGGGCCAAUUGACAUUCUUAGCGAUGGCAUGCGUACUCUCGCAAUAAAAAAUGGCCAUCACUAUCUAGGACAAGUUACUGGUACUGGAUGUGUCUUGGGCCUUAUUGCGGCAUCUUUUCUGGCAGUGGAGCGCACUGACAAACUUCUUGCCGUUCUUGCCGGUGUCAUCAUGUUCGAAAUUGCCUCGGAGAAUGCUGCUUCUAGAGAAGAUGUCAAGGGCCCAGGAACCUUCGUGCCGGCUCUUCUUGACGAGUUAUAUGCUCUACGUGAGGGCACAAAGGCACACCCAAAAAAGAACUGGAUUAAGGAGCGCGCGAGGCUUCAAAUUCUCGAAGUCGAUUUUUGA